GUCUGGUACUGAAUCAGGAGCGGGAGAGAAAGUGUCUGCUGAGGCUGCUGCACGGGGACUCCCCAGACAAGCUACAGGGACCAGGAGAGCAGAAGUCACCUAUAGAGGGUCAGUCUGUAUAUCAAAUAUAGCUAAAUGACUGCUUGUAUCUAUCUGGAUCUCUCCUAUUAUCUGUAAUGUAAUCAGUGAUGUGCAGUAACCAGUUGUGUGACUGUGAUCUGUGAGGUGUUGUGUUAGCAGAGUGGGUCCAGCAAAGAGAGGGGGCGCUGAGAGCGGGGUGUAUGAGCAGGCUGAGACACACACACACCUUCCUGCUGACUCAGGCCCAAACACAUGCCCAGCUCCAGUCCUGUCUUCAGCCCCAAACCCUGCCAGAACAGGGCCCUGCCCAGCCCCAGUCCCAAACCUCCCUCCAGCACCAGUCCCAGUGGGGAGGCUGUGCUCUGGUCCUGCUGGUUGAGCUGAUGGAUCUCCAGGAGGCCCAGGUCUCUGCAGUGCUGUCAACUCUACUGGACAGGGGUGAACAGUGCCUGCUGUCCCUGAUAGAAGAGUAUGAGUCUGAACUCAGAGAGCCUCGUCUCUCCUGCUUGCUCACACUCCUCACCUCUAACCCCUGCCUGGCCUCGGACCCCAACACACUACUGACUGUUGUUGACCCCUGCCUGGGGCCUUCUGACUCAAUCUCAGUCCAGAACAUCUCCUCAGCCUCCCCGCCCACAGACCUGACCAGAGGUGACCCAGAACAGCAACACACAGGGGACCUCUGCACAGGCUGUGGGACGGCCCUGGCCCCGGAGGACCUGCCCUAUCUGGAGAUCCUGUGUGUUUCAGACACCAUCCACUCCCUCGACACACACCACACACCCUCUGCCUCCAAUGGAUUCUCUGCAGAGCGAGAGGUGUGUGAGGGACGAGAGGCGAGGGAGGGCAGCCACAGAAAGACUCCUCAGAGCUAUGAGAAGCAGGGUUCCCUCAUCACUCUGGCCUGGAGCAAACCACCGGAUGGAGACACUGAGCAGCACACAGGAACAGUCAUGUCUACUGCAACAGAGCAACAAGAGGAAGUGGGUGAGGUGAGUGUGCACUGUGACACACACAACACCCCCGGAUACACACCUGGACACAUACACUACAACGACACAACCAGAGACACAGACCAGGUGAAGGUGUUGGACUCGUCUCUGUUCCAGUACAGCUCUGAGGUUGAACAGCUCUUACCGCCUACGGACCAGCACCCCAUCACGGGCCAGGAAGUCUAUGUUAGUCUCUCCAAGAUUCCGUCUGGCUCUCAGAUUCCAUGUGGCACUCUUAAGAUUCUGUUUGGCUCGCCAAUGUUCCAGCUGGCUCACUAAGGUUCCGAUUAUAACUGUGAUGACUGUGUGUGUUGCAGAAGGAGUUGGUGAUGGAGCAGUCAGAGAAGACAGAAACACUUUCUAAUGUGCCCACACACACUGAAGAGCCUCCAACAUGGGGCAGAGCCCAGCAGGAGGCUGAGAAAAGGCGCGGAAGUCCACCUGUCGAUGAGGAACACACUGAUGACCUCACUGCUUUGGGAGCCAACGGAAGUGCUUACCCGCACUCUUUGGGAAGGGAGAGGGAGGACAUAGAGCUCUGGGCCCUGAGUAGACCUGCACCCCUUACAUCAGCCCAGGAGACCCUCAACACCCCACACACUACUCUAGAGGGAGACAGAUCAAUGGAGGGAGAGAAAACAAUGGGGAGUGUGAUGGAGAGAGAGAGGACAUUGGAGCCAGUCUCUAUGAUGGAGAGAGAGAAAACAAUGCGCAGCUUGGUGGACCUGCAGAGGAAGGUGGAGCAGAAACAACAGCGAGACAGAGAGAGACAAUUACUGAGGGUCCAGGAGCGGCUGUCAAUCAUUCAGAACAAGAAGUCCCAGGAAGACCUGAUGGGCCUCAGACAGACUGACAGACUCCGGCACCUCACACAUAACCUGCCCCAGGCGGAUAAGAGCCAGCAGAAGACAGUGGUCAGAGAAAGACUGGAGCAGCUGAGGAGAGAACGCUCCUAUGUCAUGCAGUCCAAACGAGACAGGAAUACAGCAGGCUUCAAGGAGCUGCUGGGUCCAGUGAGAAUCCACAGUGCAGAGACAGACGACACUGCUGACUCACUCAGGCUAGCCACCAGCGCAAGCUAAUUAUGCUAUUCCUACACAGCUGUCUCACUAGAAAUCUGCUGGUAUUUGCUGGUUAAAGUCCCGCCCCAGCUGAUCCCCCCUCAAUCUGUCAGUCACUACACUACUACCCACCCUGUUUACAAGCCACAUUAGCCAUUUCUGGCUUCUUCUGUCAUUGGCUUAUACUGUAGCCUGAUAAGUGGAUGAACACAAAAACAGAGCUGAUGGUGACAGUUUAUUAUACAGUUUAAUUGUCAUCCUAACAAACAUGAGCAUCAUCAACAAUAAUAACAUCAUUUGCUAAAUAAAGCCCCUGUCUGUAGCGUGUCCCUCCAGUGGCCUAUAUAGCAUAUAUACAGUGACAGUCAGAUGACUACAUCUCUACAGUUUAAAGUAGCCUCCUAUCCACUCCAUCUGUACUGAUCUGACAGAACGACAUGAGAAAGGAAAUCCACGUGUGGCCUAGUAAACCAUGCUGCUUUCACCUGGAUCAUGUUCAAUAGUGCACACUAAUGCAAAAUGUUCAAACAGGAAAUUAUUGUUUUACCAGGUAGUGUUCCAAAACAUUUGUGCCAACUGACCAUGACCAUGUUGUCUUGUCCCAUCAGUGCAGAUGAAGAACAGGAAUUUGGAUAGGAGGGAAGGAGGCAACUGUAGAGUAUUGAGAUGUGACCGUGCACAGGGGCUGGGGUUGGUAUUUACAGAGCUAAGGGAAUGGAAGCUGAGAUGGCAUGUGUGACAGUUG